UGUUGAGGGUUUUUUUUUUUUUUUUUUUUUUUUUUUCCUCACGCCAUUGUGUAGUCCGUGCUGUACAUGAAGAGUAGUCGAUGCAACUUGCACCGACAUAUGGAGCCGGCGCUGUUUUUCAAAGUGUGACCCUAAUGCUUUAUUCUAAUUCUCAGGAGGAACUUCAUGUGGUGAAUUCCCAGCUGACUUGUUUGUCAUGGCAACAGCUAGAGAGAGUCUACUGCCUGGCAAUCAUACUUCCUGAGAACUGUUUGCUGAGAAUUGAAAUUGAGGCUUGACAAUCGGCAGGAACAACGAUCAGAUUGCAAACUCAAUACUAGUGUUUGAUGGAACCAGUGAAAAGCCAAGAAACGGAAGUUUUGAGUCAUUUAGCUCUGUAGAUUUCCUGGAAAUCAUUGUCAAAAACAAAGUCAACUGAAACUUGUACGUGCAUUUUAAGAAGAAUGCCCUCAAGACUAUCUUCACUUUUUGUAUAUAAUAGCAGUUAGCUAUACAAUCUGACCUUGUAUCUCCAUUUCAGAAGAUAUAUGUUGGGUAAAGGGGCAAAGCGGAAGCUUGACGAGUAUGAAGACGGGCUGGAAGGCAAAGCGGCGCGAACGUCGGCGGGGGGCGGCCCCUCAAAGGUGUCCUACACCCUGCAGCGGCAGACCGUCUUCAACAUCUCCCUCAUGAAGCUGUACAACCAGCGGGCGCUGACGGAGCCCAGCCUGCAGAAGCGGGUGCUCAUCAACAACAUGCUGCGACGCAUCCAGGAGGAGCUGAAACAGGAGGGCAGCCUGCGGCCCAUGUUCUUCGCCGCCUCCCAGCCGCAAGACAGCCCCCUUGACGAGGGCUACCGGGAGGUGCAGCCAGCCUUCAGCAUCCUGUCAGCCCAGCCGGCCCAGCUCUCUGCUUUAAUAAGCACUACACCACUAGAGUCCUGCCUCACCCCUGCCUCUCUCCUCGAGGAUGAUGAUGCUACUUCUUUUUGCACUUUGCCUACCCCUACAAGUCUGACUCCCCACCCCCAGCAUGAUGGGCCUCCCAAGCCACCUCCACCACCCCCCCCACUGGUGGCUAUUAAAGACAGUUUUUCCUCAGCCUUGGAUGAAAUAGAGGAGCUUUGUCCAACAUCUACCUCCCCUGAGACCACAGCAGUGACAGCGACAGCUCCCCGAACACCACUGCCGUCGCCACCACCUGUAUUGGUCUCUAAAGACCUUGAGACCAAGGUCUGUAGCCAAAAGUUUGAGGGACUGGUCACGCAGCAGGAGAGCAAAACAUCAGCAGCCACUGAAUCCAGGCUAAUAGACUCGACGUCUCCCAGUAACUUUGAGAUUACUACUUCCACUGGUUUCCUUACAGACCUUGCCCUGGAUGACAUCCUGUUUGCUGAUAUUGACACCUCUAUGUACGAUUUUGACCCAUGCACGACCACUGCGGGGACCACCUCCAAAAUAGCCCCUGUAACCGCAGACGAUCUCCUCAAAACCUUAUCUCCUUAUAACAAUCAACCAGUCACGCCAAGUCAGCCUUUCAAAAUGGACCUCGCAGAACUGGACCACAUAAUGGAAGUUCUUGUUGGCUCUUGAUCAGAAAAAAACUAAUAUUCAAGAAACCUUUACUUUUGUAUUUUGUAUA